AUGUUAUUAUCGGCUAUUUUUCUAACAGCCGCCAAUGCCAUUGGAUUGCACCAGCACUCUGAGCGAGCAUGCCCGGAUCAAGAAUUGAUGCAGGAAUGCAUGGGCAUCUGUAGAGUCGAGUACAAUUAUUGCCGACUGCUUUGCGAAACUGACUACUGUCUGUCAAUUUGUCAGCGACAAUAUGACGAGUGCAACGAUGCGUGUCCCUGUGGUGCUGACUGUCCUGCCGGAUGCGCUGGCUGUGACAACCCGAUCUGCCCAAUCGUCACAACGGAAGAGAUUGCUACAACAACGGUUGAAAUAACAACAACGGUUGCGCCAACCCUUCCACCGCCCUACCUCUAUGUCAUUAUGCCGAAAAUGUCCGAGAGCUAUUUGUACUCUGGAAAUACGACUUCAGCUCUUUACGAGGCCGCUUUUCAGGGCGACCACAAAAAGUAUACUAGACGAUCAGUUACGGCAAUGAUCCAGAAUGUCGUCUACAUCUUCGGCGGAGAAUUCGACAAUAGAAAGAUUGCCUACUUGUCCGACUGCAGUUUCGUCGAAGUUUCAGCUCGACUCAAUUCAAAUUACUCAUCCGGAGCAGCAGCUAUUUCUCUUGAUGAUGGAACAAAAGCGCUAAUUUGCUUUGAGGAACAUGCCAAUUAUGACAGUUGCGAGCUUUUCGAUGGGAAGAAGGCAGUCCAAACCCAUUCUACCAAUUUACCUCAUCUUCAUGGUGCCUUGGGAAUGUACUACGGUCAGCCAACGACAAUGGGCGGCUGGCACAAGGAAGGAAAAGGAAAGACGGAAACCUACACUCCCGAAGGCUGGAGACAAAUCGUUGAUCAUCCAAAGAAAAUUGCAGGCCAUAGUUUGAUCGGCUUGCCGAAUGGUUCGAUGCUUCUUGUCGGCGGAAAGUCAAACAAAGAAUUUCAACCUGGACUUUGGAUCUUGAAAAAAGUGAAUGGAGCUGACAAAUGGGAAUCAUUUGGAGAGUUGAAAAUGGCCGUUUCUCACCCGUCAACGAUGAUAAUCGACUCCUCUAUUUUCGUUUUCCCCGGAGCUGGAGCCGUUGUUGACGAUGUAAAGCAGUACCCGCUCCAGCGAAUUGAUUUCAUUGACGAGUCGCUAGAAACAAUAUCAGAUGUGGAGCACAUCGGAGAUCAUGAAAAUUAUAACUACAUGCCAGUUCUCUUCUUUACAUCUGAUAUGUACUGCCUCAAAUAA